UUUUAAAAUCCUCAUCGUUAUCAUUUCCUUGCUGGUAGAUAUUUUUCAAUAUUUUUUUUUCAAGUAUUGAAUCCAUAGCAAUCUCUAUCGAUUUUUACAUCUCAGGGAAUACUAUCUUCUUAUUUGCUAUUUGGGACAGUUAAUUCUGGUUUAAAGCUAUAUUAGCUGUAAAAAUGUGCAAUUAUGAUAGUUCUUUAUAAAUCUUAGUUUAAGUUUUUAUCAAAAUAAAGUUUUCGGUUCUGUUAAAUAUAUAGCUUUGUAUAGAAAACAAUAGUGUAAUUUUGCUUUAUUCAGAGCCUCAGUGUAGGUUUUUUAACACAAAUAUUAAUAACAAAAGUUAAUAAACUUUAUAAUUUGGUUUUUUGUUUUUGUUUUUUUUUUGGUCAUUGAAAUAAAUCACAAUUUUACAACAAAAAUUUCCAAAACCAAAAUGACAGCUAUAUAUUUUUGGGACUGUUAAAUCAGCAUUAAUGGUCGCAAAUAACAAAUAAGAAGAUGGUUAUUCCUAUUCUAAUGCAAUUUCGCAUUUUCCUGGAUGUUUAUAUCUUAUUCAUUGAGUUUUGUUUUAUGAAAUACAUUAAGAAAUGUUUACGUUUGAAAUUAUGUUUUUGAAUCAUUGUGUUAUAGCAUCACAAUCAAAAGCUUUCCAUUUCAUUAAUGCUCGUUUAACUGCCUUACACCCCUGCACAUUAGCCAAUCAAACUGCAGAUUACAAAACAAUUGCAUUAGAAUUGACAAUUCACUCUCGCGUGGAAAGAUACCUAAUCUCAAUUGAAAAAAAGAGUUUCUUCUUAAUCUUUCAAGGAAACAGUUGCAAUCUGGUCACAGAUAUGGUAUUUUUACAUCAAGAGUAUUAAUUUUAAUACUGCUCGUAAAUACAAGAUAGUUUAUCUCCAUAAUAAGCUUGGAUUGUAAUAUUUUCACCAUCAGAGUAUAUCUGCUAUUUUGAACCUUUAUUGUUAAACCCAAAUCACACCUGAUUCUACAGGUAAAAACAGAUUAUUUCAACUAAGACAGAAUUCUACAUGAGAGGCAUUUUGAUUCUUCAAGAUUCUCUAAUCAACAAACAACCAAAUUUAACUGAUCCAUUGGCCCACUCAGGGGGCUAUACAGAGAAUAUUACUGAUAUAGAUAUUUCAAGUGGGGAUGAUCUUAGACUUUUCUUUGGCAGUGUCCCUACUUCUUACAGAGGUUGGGCUGACAAGAAUUUGGAGGUCACAUUGUUUUCUAAGAGUUUGGUUUUCCCAAAGUGUUUGACUAAUUUUUUCCCCAUAAUAACUAUAUGAAAGAAUUUUUACAAGAAGUUGUUGUGCGCAGGCAUUAACAACUCGUAUCAUUUGUUUACAAUGAUGAAAAUCCCCGUUACAGGUACAUGCACACUUCAGAUUAAAAGUGCCUUUUACAGCAAGUGUUGAUGUGUUUUCUUCUAUAAGGUUAUUUCAAAUCUGGGUCACGCCUUUAUUUAAGCUACUGAAAUUUUUUUAAAUGAAAUAGGUUUAACCCCUCAAGCCUGUUUCCCAAUGAAUUAAAUGUUGGUUUAGAAGCACUAUAUUAUAUGUCUGUAGUAACAGUAUUUUUGUUUGGUAAUUUCAUAAUUUGUCCAACAUGUUCUUUGAUUUAGGGGGAUCAUUUACAUUUACCUUUUAUGAAAAUGUAAUUACAAGGUUUUACAUCAACAUACCCUCAGAAUUAUGCACAAAACACUUGGAUUAACACCGAGAUUUUUAUCGAUGAUAAUGUACAUGUAACUGUGUAGAAAUUACUUUGUAUUUUGUAUGGGCACUAUAAGUAUCAAUCAAGUUCUCUCUCUCUCUCUCUCUCUCUCUCUCUCUCUCUCUCUCUCUCUCUCAUAAUUUGUCAAUUUUAAAUUCAUCUAAUUUUAGAUUCAUCCUUUUAUAAUGGGCAAAAAUAAAAUCGAAAGAAAUGGACAAUGAAAGAAUUUUUAAAGUUAAAAAAACCUUUUCAUAACUUACAACAGUGGGGGGGGGGGGUUACAUUGUUUAACUAUCUUAUUCACAAUUAUCUGGCAUUUAAUCACAGACUAUAUUUACUAGUAAUAUAUGUUGACUAUAUAUACCAGUAAUAUAUGUUUUAGCAGUGUCCUUAGCUGCAAUAAUAUAACCCUCUUUGAAUUUAUUUUUUCUUUUUCUUUUUUCAAAACAAAAGCAUCAAAGUAAAAAAAAAAUUGGAGAGGGCUACAUUAUUGCAGCUACAGUGUCCUUUCUUGGAUGUUAUGAUGUCAUGGUGCAGUUUUUGACAGUAGCUUUGUAUUAUUUCAGAAAUCAACAGAAUUAAUCAGCAUAGACAAAUAUUUGUAGAUAAAGGCAUCUUCUGUAACAGUUUCAGGUGUGAAUCUACUUGUUGAAGUGUCAAUCAUGUUUGCAUUCCUUAGGUUACCACACACACACACAAAUAUUUCUUAAGUCCCUUAUCAGUCACCCACUGAUAAACGAUUGAUAGCAUAAUUAUUAUCAGUUAUACAUUCAUAUGAAUAAUAUAAUUUUGAAGGAAAAGAAAAAUUACAAAUGAAAACCCAGCAAUUUGCAGUGCAUACUAUUUACACAGUAUAUAUACAUGUGAAAAUAAAUGGUUUUUCUUUUAACAAAAGCGUAUACUAUGGUUUUGUCAUACAAAAUUAUCGUUUUGCCAUUAAGUCUUAUCUAUUUGUGAAGUGUAAAGAUAAACAAUUAAGCAAUAGUCCAUUCAGGUUUUACCAGAUCCCGGAGAGGUGUGUCUUUGAGACUUGUUGUCAUCAUGUGACUUGCUCAGACAUCUGCAUGGGCAGCUACUAUAUAAUCCGACAGAAAAGUGGAAUUCAUUUUCCAGUAUUAGGUUACUGUCAGAGGUGUUCUGCACUGACCAUUGUCCCAGAUAUCUUUGUUUCGCUUUAAUGGUCUAUUCUAUGACAAUGAGAGACAGUGAUAGUUUCUUAUACAGCUAUUUAGGGGCAGCUAUACAGCAUCAAUAUUAUUAUGAAUAUGACCCAGAUUCCCCCGAGAUGACAAUGGGAGCACUGGGCCCCAUGCCAUCUGCCGGGAGUACCUCCCCUACCCAGGGGAUGAGCCAGUUCUGUGCCAUCUGUGGAGACCGGGCCACAGGAAAACAUUAUGGAGCAUCUAGUUGUGAUGGUUGUAAGGGUUUCUUCCGACGAAGUGUACGGAAAAACCACGUCUACUCUUGUCGUUUUAACAGAGGCUGCGUGGUGGACAAAGAUAAAAGAAACCAGUGUCGAUACUGCCGACUCCGAAAGUGCUUCCGAGCAGGAAUGAAAAAAGAAGCUGUACAGAACGAGCGAGAUCGAAUCAGUGUGAGAAGAACCAGCUAUGAAGAUGUGAACCAGACAAACUCUUUGUCUGUUAGUACACUGCUGAAUGCUGAGAUUCUCUCCAGACAGAUGACAUCUCCAACAAUCAACACAGAUCUUUCUCAGAAAUUGGUGGCCACAGCUGAUGAUGUGUGUGAGUCUAUGAAACAGCAGCUACUAAUACUAGUGGAGUGGGCCAAAUACAUACCCUGUUUCUGUGAGCUUACCCUGGAUGACCAGGUUGCCUUGCUAAGAGCACAUGCAGGAGAGCAUCUGAUUAUGGGUGUGGCCAGACGUUCCUUAGGGGUCAAGGAUGUUUUGUUGCUAGGUAAUGAUGCCAUCAUUCCCAGGAAUACCCCAGAAGUGGAGAUAGGUCGCGUCGCCAGCAGAAUAUUAGAUGAAUUGGUUCAACCAAUGAAAGAUGUACAGAUGGAUGAAUCAGAAUUUGCCUGUUUGAAAGCAAUUGUUUUCUUUGAUCCAGAUGCCAAAGGACUUGGUGAUCCUCAGAAAAUCAAAAGCUUUCGCUACCAAGUUCAAGUGAACUUAGAGGACUACAUCAACGACCGCCAAUAUGACACCAGGGGGCGCUUUGGAGAAAUCUUGCUGAUGCUGCCCCCACUUCAGAGCAUCACAUGGCAGAUGAUUGAACAGGUGCAGUUUGCCAAGCUGUUUGGAAUGGCUAGGAUUGACAAUCUUUUGCAGGAGAUGCUACUUGGAGGAGCAGCUCCAGAGAACAAUAGCACAGGCUCAACAACUCCCACAACAUUACAACCAUCACUGCUUGUCAACAACUUCAACGACCAAAUCUCCCAGAGUACAGAUGUACUCUCCCUUGCCACUGCCACCAUUCCAUCUCCCCACACCUGUAUUUCUCCAAACAACAGCCAGACUUCUCCCAUGGGAAGUCCCUUAAAUCUUGGAUUGCAUCACAGCAUACAGACACCGACACCCCCUUUAACAACGGCUGACCACCUUCUUACAGCCUCGGCAAUGACAUCGAAUAUUGACCACCUGGCAAUACAACAGCACAGUUCCCCGAUCUCAUCUCCUCCACUGUCAACAGAAUCAUAUAGUAAAGUCAAUGGGUCAUCGUAUUCAUUUAAACAGGAAGUGUCUUCAUAAUGGAUUGGUUUGUGAAUUGUAUAUGCAUGUACUUACAAGCAUUUGAAGUCAGCUUUUAUAAUCAGUGGUUUGGUACACAUAUUUUUUUUAUGUACAAUGUUUUCAUUUGUUACUGGAUUUAAGUUUGAAUUCCUUACCAAUAUACAUAAUUGUAUGUUUAAUUUUACGUCAUUGUGGAUGGCAAUCAUUUAUUUGAUGGUAUAUCGUAUGAAAGCAAUAUCUGUGUAUUUUCAAUUACCUCUAGUCAAUGUCAAAUUGAAUGAGUAAUUUUUAAUGUCUGACAGUCUUUUUUACACUUGUAUAAAUUGCAGCCAGUCUGCGGCAUUGACAUGUUGAAAUUAUUUAGUAAAAUACACUAGAAUAAUGCCCACAUACUUUACCAUAUUUAUUUCAUCAUCAAUUAGAAUAAAAUUGAAUAAAGACUUUCAUGAGGUCAUAAUGCAAUACACAAUAAACUCCAUUUUUCACUGAAUCAGAAUCUCCUUGUAAAUAAAUUCCGUGUAAAUAUUAGUCGUACAUGUAAAUCAUGAAUACCUGUAAUUACUUUGAAUAUGUUGAUUUGAUAUAUCCAUGACAUUUUCAGUAAAGUUUCAAAUAUUUUUGAUCACCUUGUACAUUUCAGAAAACCAUUGAUCCAUAGCAUCUUUCAUACACAGAUACAUUUGUGUUUUGUUUCUAUCUUGUAAUCAAAUUAGUGACACUUAAUUAAUAAAACUUCACCACUUUGACCUGCUAUAAUGAAAAUGCACACUGUGAUUGUUGUAAGUUGUGAAUUUGAGUGCCCUAAUGGACACCUAGGACUGUGAAACAGCUAAUUUUGAAUACAUGUAUCAAACCAUAAGUUGAAUUGUCUCCUUUUACAAGGUCAGCCAAAAUAAGUUGGUGAGUAGCUAAAUUUUCCAAUCUGAUUAAAACCCACGUGAGCAGAUCAAAGGAUCUGAUUUUAAUCAGAAUGCUAAGUUUUCCUUCUUUACCCUACUAAAUGUAAGCGAUGUAGCUAAUUAUUAAGUUUUCAUACAAUUUUAUAGAUUAUCCCACCCUGGAACAUCAAUGCAGUUGUCUGAAUUUGAUGAAAAAAUUACAAAUGUCAGAGCUACAGAUCAAAAAAUUACAAUAGCCAACAUUUAAAAAAACGAUUAUUUUCACCACAAGAUGGCAGACAAGGGAUGUAACUUGUGGUGAAGUGUUGAUACAUAUAUGAAGGUAGUCACUUUCUUUGAAUGAUGCUUCAUUGAUAUCUCAUGCUAGUGUAUACAUGAUACACUCUAAUUCCUUUGUAUAUAAUAGUUACCCUACCUUCACAGAAAAAAGCUUCAUUUUAACAUUUUAACCCUUAUGUUUUGUUUCAAAUGUUUUAUAUUGUGUUUCCAUAAGAAUGGAAGUCAUCUCGAAAUCAGUAUUUUAUUUUGUACACGUUUCAUGAGCAACUGUGCAAAUUUUUAAAUUCUUGUGAAAGUUGUGAGAUGCCAACAGGAUGCUUGAUAGUUAGUGUUAUUUUUAGUCAAUGAAGCAAACACGUAAACUGUCGGAAAGAGUAGUUGCAAAAUGACAUCAAGAAAUUCCUAAACCAAUGUGAUUAACUGUGAUUUUAAGCUUGGCAGGAAUAUCGUUUUUCUGCAAAGGACCAAGUGCCAUUAUCAAUGCAAAAAUAAAAACAAUGUGGUGUACAUCUUGUAUUAAACUGUCAUAGAUGGUCCAAAAUGUUCAAUUAUUGUAUUGUUAUAUGAUUAAAAUCUAUAUAUUUUUGUAUUUAAAGAAAAUGCAUGUUUGACAAAUGGAUCAAAUACUAUUUUUACGGAAUAAAUUAUAGCAUGAAAUAAA